GCCACGGCUCCUCCUGCAGCCCAGAGCAGAACUGCAGCACCACCACUGUUAAUAGUGACUUGGGCUCCCUGGCCAGCAUGCAGCUGGACUCGGACCUGCUGUCCCUGUCCCCCUCCAGCCUGGACAGCAGCAGCAGCUGGAGAGCCGGUGGCCCAGAGGAAGAGACUCCCCACCUCUGCCAGCAAAGGGAGCUGCCACUGAGGCUGAGCCCUGCCCCAGCCAUCCCCACAACCCCAGGGAAGGCCCAAGGGCCUUUGCUGGAAGCAGGUGACUUACCACCACAUGAAGCAAUCCAGCAAGUGGCCCCAGCCAGGACCAAGGCUGACAGCAAGGCCUGGCUGAACAAACUGCACUAUUUCAGAAGGAGCGGAGUCCAGCACCUCUUCCUCCAAGGCAUAGCACCCAACAGGGAAACACAGCAGAAACCUGAGCUCAUCCCCAGCGGGAAGCUGAGCAUGGUGCGCACCACCAUGGAGGAGAACUUUCUGGAGGGCACGUUGCAUUUCCUGAGCGAGUUCGUCUCCCACCAGCACUGUCCCCCCAAAGAAAUCAUCUCCCACCUGAUCAGACAGAUCCUGUUGAACCCCCACCAAGGGGAGAUCCUGAAGGACACCUACAUGCUGCUGAUGAAGAUCCAAAUGCUCCAUCCAGCCAACGCCGCCACAGUGGGAUGGGACUGGAUGCUGCUGAAAUACGUCAUGGAGGACCAGGAGAAGCCCCCUGGCCGUCUCCUCUUCCUGCAGUACGUGGUGCAGACCCUGGAGGACGACUUCCAGCAGAACCUGAGGUUGCGCCUGCUGCAGAAGUCGAUUGCCAAGAAAGUGCUUUCGUGUGACAUGUGCUUCAACAAUGUCAAGGAGGUGGUCGAAUGGUUGGUCGCAGCAGUUACAGGACUGGGGUUCUCCCAGCCUCAGGAGCAGCCGCAAGAGAUUACACCCUCUUCAGCAGAAGCAAGGGCCAAACACAGCUCAUCUGCACCAUGGCUGGUCAGCACUGACCAGGCAGAGGUGGCUCCACCAGCUUUCUUCGCCCAGAAGGUGAUGCUCCUGCUCCAGCGGAUGUUGUCCAUCGCAGUGGAAGUGGACAAAUCUCCCAACUGCAGCUCCUGUAAGAUCGCAGAUGUGAUAUUCCCAUUUAUACUGAAUAUUCCCCUGAGGAGCCAAAGGGAAGCUUUCUUAAACACUAUGGAGAGCCAGCUCCUGCGCUGCAAACUGCUAGAGCUGUUGUUCCAGCAUAGUUGUGACGUGCCCACGACCUUGCCCUUGUCUCUGGCCAAGAUCCUGUAUUUCCUGAGCCACUCCUCUGUGCUGCUGCAAUACCAGGAUGAAACAGCAACAUGGCAAAGAUGGGAUGAGAUGCUGCAGUACUUGAGUUUGCUGCUGCUGAGUUACCAAAAUGUAAUACUGGAGCACUUACGGAGCUCACUCAAUGACCGGAUGGACUUGAUCAUUCAGAAAGCCAAGCCCAAGCCCCAGGACGGCGAUGACAUCAGCCAUCUGGACAUUCAACUGAAGAUAGAGGACUUCAUCAGCCGAAUGCAGCAGGUCCUGGGGCAGCCUUUUCCCCUGCAGAUCAUGGAGAAAUUGUGCAUGCUUCGGGAGUUGUUCCUCAUUGUCGCUGCUACCUGAUGGAGACAACCACUGCGGCAGGGGGCACAAAGAGCUUCACGUUUCCUCUAUAAAACCCCAUCAAAACCCCCAUCUCAUGCUGCAGUCUCAAGUGCCGUACGUCAUGUGGGUUUGUUUAUACGUUUCUUUGGAAAAAUGUCUGGGUUUACAUGGUCUCAGAAUUUCCUUUCAAACUUGCCUCAUCCUACAGUUUUACAAGGCACUUUGUACACUUUAAAAAAAUAAAUU